CCUAAUGAAAUGAGGCUUUCCAACAUUAUUUCAGUAAUUAUUAUCGUCAACUGCCUGAACACUUUUCAGAGUGUGUUGGGCAAGAAUGAGAAAUCGGCCAGCAAGAGAGGAGAAAAACUGUCCUUUGCACGGUCUGGACAGUUUUCAACCAAACAAAAACAUGAGUGCACAUGGGAGAUAUCCGGAGACCUUAUGGUUAACCUGUCUCUAAGUUGCAAGGACCAAGCCAACAUCAACUACAAGUGUACUUAUGAAGGAGAACCGCAGAAGUGUCAUGCAUAUAAUGCGAAACCCAACCAAUACUGGAAACAAAUUCUGGGAAAAUGUAAGAAACUAAAAAAUGCAUGCGAGGAAAAUACCUUAAAGUCACGCAUAUGUAAGAAGGCUGCAGAAGUGGAGUCUCAUCUGAAGAAGCUUAGUGGAGAUGUAGCAGAUGGUAUGGAACAAGGCAAUAAGGGAACAAGUCAAUCAAAAGGAUCUAGAAAAGGCUCCAGAACAAACAUGCCUGAGGUGAACGGAAAUGUUGAAGCAGAAAAGAAAAGUAAUGACAAAAAGAAAAAGUUAGAUAAGAAAUUGAACAACAAGGCUGACCCACCAAGUCCAUCUGCCAUUUCUGACCUCCUUCCUACGGCUGGAAUUGUCAAUGAUGAUAUGGAGUUAAAUGAAGAUCUGGCUGAAACCCAGUGUGCAGAAAAUUGGCAAUCAGUGUGUUCAUUUUUAGUAAACUUCUGGAAUGGCUAACAUCAAAAUAGCAUUGUUUGUUAGAAGCAUUUAUAACGCAUCCUUAUUUGUAACUAAAAGGUACUAACACAGGAAUUUCUUGUUAAAUCCUUUGGACUGGUUAAUACCUAGCACGACUUACAAAUCCCUGAGUACUAAAGCAAGUGUAGACUUGUCUGUAUUUAAUUGUGAUUGUAGUUUUUUUUUUUUUCAAUAUGUUCUUUUUUAGGACAAUUUUUUUUUUUUUUUAAUAUGCCACAACAUUAAGAAUUUGUGUACUUCAAGUAACUUAAGAUGUCAUUUCUGUUUUAAUGCUCUGAAAUAAUUACUGUGGUUGAUUUAUUGUA